UAAGCAGUUCGACCUACAGCGCGCGAGUGUGCUUUAAUUACGGGACAUUUUAUGAUUGUAAACAAGUGACCGUCAGCAGUUAUUCUCUGUCUCGUUUAAAAAACAACAACAAAAUAAACCAUUUUUAUGUUGUUUUCUUUAUCUCGGCAAGUUGAUUCAUUGCGUUUUCAGUUGUUUGUGGACUCAAACUCGUCCAUCCUGAGGAAUUUCUUCCUGACACUUCAUAGUGCUUGACGUUGUCAACAGAGCGUUUCACUCGGAAAGGGUUGAGUUGCAUCAGUAGCAGCAACGUUACUGGAGACAAUGCCUGACUAUAUUAUUUUAUCUUUGAUAGGGUUUCUCAUUUUGUGUUUGAUUGUUACAGUGGUUGUGGCUAUUGUGUACUCUGGGCUGCUCACUGAAGUCAAUAUCAAGACAGGGUCGCCUCCCAUCAGAAACGUUACCAUUGUCUACAAGCUCCAUAAGGGAACUUCUAAAGACUGUGGCGCUGCCUUCACAGAGGCUGUUAGCAUUGGACCAAAGCUUAAAACCAUCCGAGUGUCAUACAAUGACCUCACAGAGACACCCGAGGACCAGUGUCACUACAUUGUCGGCAGUAUCCUGAGCGAGGGAGAGGAGAAGCCUGAUGAGGAGUUGCGGAAGCUCUAUGAAACGUUUGGCUUUAAGUUGAUGUCCCUUCCUGAGGUACCCCUUGCUGUGACCACCACUUUCCCAUCCACCACUCCACUGUCCCACUGGCUGGCACCAUACAGAGUAUACCCUGAGCUCCGCAGCUACAUCACGGAGAGACAGCUCCACGCCUGGCCAUACAUUGAGAUCAAUACCGGGCAGUUGACCCAUUACAUGGCUCCACUGUCCUCCCAAAGUGACCACCGCCACACUGGCUUCAUUGUGCCGGAGCUCAUCACACCCACGGCAGCCAAGACACCAGUGACAGAGGAGUCCUCAGACCUGACAGGAGAGAUGGAUACUUCAGGUGCGGAGCCCCAGAGUGAUGUCAUCACCAAGCCAAGUGUCCAGGCACAGUCUGAGGACACGGAGAUGUCCCAGGCCCAACCCUCAGCCUGCUUCACAUCCACCUUACUGCCUCACAGGGAUCAAGGGGACGGGAACGAUCAGGAGCAGGCCGAGGAGCACACGGAGCCCAGCAACAAGGAGCACGGGGACAGGGGAUCAAGCGAGUCUGUGGACAGCGGCUCCUCCUUUGAGGAACUUGAAUUGGUGGAGGAGCAGGAGAGAGAGUUGGGGACAGGAGGGAGUGAGGAUGAAGGCCACAGUCAGUGGGGGGGCGGAGCCAAGGAUGACCCAGGAGAGUAUUUAGCUGGAGAGAGGGAGCAAAAGUGUGACAGCGAGGAGUAGGACGUGGGAGAUAGAUGUACACUAACACUUCAUGCUUUGAUUAUUUUGGGGUGGGAGAAAGAUCUAUAUCGCUAUUUGUAUUUGUCUUUAAUGUCAACGUGUUGGUGGAUCUGUUGCCAGACUAUUUAUCAUGACAGACCUGACAUAUUUAUAUUUGAUUGAAGUAUAUAAAUGUUAAUAACAUUUUACCCAUUAGAACUGUUCAACUCCUAUCAUAGGGCUUGUUUGCAUUAGGAGAGAGAGAAUCAAAAAUUUCUGGUUUGCAUAAUCAAUUCCAUAGCAAUUUGCCCCGUCUUGUUCCAGACGUACCACGCGGGAUUGGGGCCGCCAGUCGAUGGAAGAUCGAGCAUAUACGUGCGCACUUGGAUGGUGGUGUCUCGAGCUAUCAGUUUCUGCAAAUUUUGCUCAACAAAAUAAGCGUUUUAAAGAGUUUUAACAUCUUGGAAAAGUAGUGUAAUGUAAAUAGGCCCAUAGUAGGCACAUUUUAGAUGUAAGACAGGGUUUUUUCUGGAUCAAAUGUUGGCGUAGGUGGGGGCUAAUCAAAACAGUUGUAAUGUUGUCAGUCAGUUUAAAGUUUAAAAUGGGAAAAUAUGAAAUGGAUUGACCAGGUGAUAUUCGUUACUAAACAACCUGUUUACCUGUCGAUAUCAAUCUAGAGUAGCUUACCCAUAAAGUCACGUGUCUGAAUGCUAGCUGCUACGUCUAACCCCGACAUGUUCACUGUCUAGAAAACUCACUGGACUAUAAUUCAAGCCAUUAGCUGUUGAGGGCCAGAUUAAUUGGCCGCACGGGAUGUGUUCAUUUGGGGCCAGGCUAGUCUAUUUGCUCACCUUUUAACAAGAACAAACGUCGGAGUAAGCUCUUGUUACCUGGCGUCCCAUCUUAAAAAUGUUAUGGUUUCUGCCUAGAAAAACUAUUUUGACUAACUCUUAUAAAAGCCAUUAUUUGAAGAACAGCACAACAAAUUAUGACUGAUUUAGACAGCAGUUGACAGCUGACCAAACCCCUGGGCAAAGUAGUUUCCUAUGCUAGAAUGCUGUUCACUAGUAGAAAAUUAUGCAAAGCCGGUGAAAUCAAAUGCGCUAUUUGCCCGAUGGAUUAAUUGAUGAGCUCUCGUUUAUAAGUUAGCUCUACAGCCAGCGUUCAACUACUGUAGCUAGAGCUAGCCUACUAGGAAACUGGUCGAAGUAUUGACAACAAAAAACCUAUGAGGCCAUUUCAAUACAUCCGUAAGUAAAGAAAUGCUCUGUUUAUUUCCCUACCACUAAUUGUUCAGAAUAAACUAGCUAUUUUAGUGGAACCUGAGUCCAAAGAGAAUACUUAGGGGGGAUUAAUUAAUGACGAAUAUCUACAAUUUGUCUAAAUUCAUAAAUUGCUUGAAAUAAUUAUUGGACUUUCUCUAUGCGUUCAACUUGCUUCGUUCUCUAUGCGUUCAACUAACUUCGUGGGGACUGGAACGCCGGUUCCAUCCCCCACUUUCUGGGGGAUGGAAAAUAUAUAGAAAAUUUUGCCAUAAUUUCUCAUUGAAAAACAUAUGAAGGAAUCCAUUGUAUUUAGUUUUAGGUAAGGAUUUCUAAUUAUAUCUUAAUGUCUCAAUUGAGAUACUAACUACCUUUGAACUAAACUAUUUACUGAGUACUGUUAUGAUGCCUUCUCACAUAACAUAAUGACCAGCAAAUCCAGGGCUUGUAUUGUACAAGAGUGUAUAUAAAGCAUAAUCUGCUAACAGGGAAAAACAUUCUAUAGAUAAUUUUGCUUUUGCCCUUUUUUUGGAAUAGGUUUGACCCCUGGGAACUGGGGCGAGACUUAAACAGAGUGUUGAAGGUUUAUCCAAGGAACUGUAAGAGGAGGUACUUCAGAUGAAAGUCAGUUCAGACUCAGACAUCAAGGGCUCAGAUUUACAAGUGGAGCAAGAAAAUGUGUAAUAAAAUCAGUAGUUCCACAUGGGAAUAACGUUUAGCAAGUGAAUGUGUUACCCAAUUUUGAGAUGUCUUUUUCUUAAUGUGGUAGAGUUUUUGUAAUAGUUAGCCAAUCAAAAUAAAAACAUUGCCAAUCAAAGUCAAAUGUUCACCUUUGAGGAGAAGGUUAUUAUUAUUUUGGCCUAUGUGUUUCCAGUAUAGCAACUUGUUUAACUAUUCCGGUAUGUCUUGUGUACCAAUAUAAUCUUUACUCUUUUACUUGAAUCAGGGAUAUACUAAGGUAUUCAUUUGUUUUAGGUAUAACUACUUCUUGUAUAGCAUGUUAAUACUCCUAUCAAAUUGACAAAGGGAGUUGUUGUCACUGAUCUUCUGGUGGGUGCUUUAAGAUGCACGGGGAUUUAGUUAAAUGCCUUGGGAAAUCUGUCUCUAAUAAAGUUUUUUCAAGUGUUAAUCUAAAUAAUGUGCAAUUGCUCAUGCUACAGUGCUUACAAACCUAAUCUUCUUUGGCUUUUUAAUUAAUAAAAGUAUUGCCUUCUAUGA